AGUUGUUUUACUGGGUUAUUAGGCACAGCAGCUGAUGCACAGGGCAGCUCUUUGCACAGAAAACUGGGAGAGAGAAGACCCGAAGGCAUCUUGAAAUAGAAAAUCAUGAGAGGAGGAGGAGGAGGAGAGAAAAGAGGUGAGGAAGGAGGGGGCUUUUAGAGGGAGAGCUGUGGUAUGCCAGGCUCAAAAGCUAGCAUGGCUGUGCAGAAGAAACACAGCGACAUCCCUCCAUCGCAGGGACCGCUUUCUACACGAACCAUCGAGAGCCAGAGGAAGAGGAAUGCAUCCGAAAAAUCAGGAGACAAUGGCGGUUAUAUCAAGGCAAACUCACAGGCAAAGAAAACAGCCUGCUUCGUCAACAACGCUGCAAAACUCUGCAACACAGCAUCUCCACGACCCAACGCAGUUCCCAAUGGACUGAAUGUUGACGAGAGGCUGAAAGCGGCUCGGGAGAGACGAGAGGAGCACCAGAGGUUACUGGCCUCUCGGGAGCAUGGCCGCAUGGAGCGCGAGCAGCGAGCCCAGCGCUACUACGAGCUGCAGCUGCAGGAGCGCAGGAAGAAACUGCUGGACCAGAGACUGAAGGAGGAGAGGAAACGAGCUGCAGUCGAGGAGAAACGCAAGCAGAGGCUGAAGGAGGAGAAAGAGCGAUAUGAAUCUGCAGUGCGGAGGACCGUGGAGAAGAGCCAAAGAGCCCAACAGAGCCAAAACUCCAGAGGAAGAAAGAUCACCAAGAACGCUCCACGUCGUUUGCCUCUGACGACAUGGGAGAAGAACCUGGUCAGUCGCCUGCUAACCCCCACAUGCUCUUAUCUGGCCCGGAGCAAGAGUGCUGGGUGUCAGUCAGGAGAAGAAGUUGUCCAUGUUUGUCGCCGUGCAGUUUCAUUCCACUCCAUGAUUUCAACCACCAACUCCACCCCUCACAAACCCCAGCUGCAGCACCACCACAGGCCCUCCGCCUCCCCCAGCCCAAACUACCGCCAGCACAGAAGCAUCAAUCUGGCAGAGAUCAGAGCAUCAAGCCAGCAGCACACUAAAAACAAGAACUCUAAUACUGAAUCUCCUGCCGUCAACACCAGUGUAAAACCUCCCAAAGUUACAAUAAGCAGGACCACCUCCCCCUCACCUGAACGGGCCUCCCGAAGGUCGAUCAGCCGACACUCCCCCCCGCUGCAGUUGGAGCUCCCAUCUGUCCCAGAGGAAGACGUUCCUGUGAGCAGUUCUGUGAGCAGUUCUGUCCUCUCGCCCGGUAACUCGAGGCCCAUCAGGAAACCAUCUGAAGGUCAGCGGGAGAAAAUGAGGGAGGAAAAUGCUCCAGAGGCUCCAUGUCUGAACCUGCCCGACAGAGAGACGAUGAGACAAAGUGCUCCUCAAAAGCCUCUUCCAGCACCUCCACAGCCUCCUGAAGUCACAUGUAGACCCUCAGCGGGGACCACAGACGCCGAGCAGGCCUCCCGUCUCCUGGCUGAGAGGAGGAGAGAGGCGAGACAACAACGAGAGAGAGAGGAGCAGGAGCGCCUGCAGAGAGAGGAGGCCGAGAGGCGGAGUCGUGACGAGCUGGAGCUCAGGAGGAUGGAGGAGCGAGAGCGACAGCAGGCUGAGGCCCAGCGUCUGGUGGAGGAGAAGAAGAAACGGGAUGAAGAGGAGCAGAAACGAGCCGAGGAAGAAAGAGCUCAGGCCAUGAGGGAGGCCGUGCUGCUGCUGAAACAGAGAGAGGAGGAACAAGCCAAAGAGAAAGCGAAAGCAGAGCAGUUGAAACAAGAGCGUGAAAUCAUCGCACAGAAAGAGGAGGCAGCGCGGCAAGCCAGGAAAAAGAGACUUGAGGAGAUCAUGCGUAGAACCAGGAGGAGCGAUUCUCCAGAUACAAAAUCUGUACCCGUGAGGAUUCUGCCAGAUGAAGGCCAACCAAAGGAAAACACAGAGCCGGUUCUCCGUGGUUCCAUAGAGACGGCUGUGAAGCUGCCGGUGGGGACGAAGAGCUCCGGCCUGAACAACGAGGAGGACGUGGUUCCUGUGGUCGCCUUCAAGGAACGCCGCUCCCUCCGGACUCUCACCGGCCUGGAGGAGAUCCAGACCCACCAACUAGCAGAGGUCAUCUGAGCAUCUGCACAGCCAUGCAGACGUUCACACACUUUAUUGGAGAGCUGCGUUUCCUCCCUGCAGCUCGGCCAUGUUUCUGCACAUUGAAAGAGCAUGUAAGAUUCCAGCCUCGCCUCUCACUGAGACGUCAGCGUCACUUUUCUCUGUGUGUGUGUAACCCAUGGCACAAAUACUGGGCAAGUUAUUUACUGCUUCAUUUACAGUACAGAACAUAUAAAGACCACCAUUCAACAAGCAGUAGAUGUAGUGGUGACGGCGAGUGUGUGAAGUAAUAGGAAUAGCCAUUCUUACAAUCAUCUUAGCCAUGUGCUUUUUGCUUAUUCCUGAUAUGUUUGAGCACUUUUCCUUCCUUAGUUUGCCACUUUUAGAUUAGUAGUUGCACACAAGAGUAUAAGUUGUUCCUCGUCUCCUGCCUUUUGAGUUUGUGACGUAUAGCGCUCACAUAUUCCAAAGCUGCCAAGGAACUUAGUUUCCAAAGACUUUGCUUCAGUUUCAGUGAGUGUUGUUGUAGAGAAUUCGAUGCACAGAGCCUUUAUUGCACUAACAGUUUUCUCUGUUUGAUAUCGCGCGCUUUACAAAGCAUAGUAAGGAGGCGUAGAGUUUAAGUGAGUUUAUUAUAAUGAAAGCAUAUAUAAAAAACUAAAUGUAUCCAAUCCUAAAUAUCCGAUUGCUUGUAACUAUCACGUGUUGAGAGUUGAUACUAUGCCGCUUCUCUGCCUUGUUUUUCACUUAGUUUGUUGACUGUAAGCAUAAAAACUAAUAAAUAAACACUUUAAAACAU